GAAACAUCGUCUAGUUCACAAUGCCGUGCCAUAUUGUCCGAAAUCGCUCGUAACAAAGAAUGCAGUUUCAGAUCAGCAGGUGCCUAAUUCAAGUGACACUCCAUUCUCAAGUGCUAUGGAUUAUCAUUUAAUAUCUCCAGUUCCUGUUCAAGGACCAAGUAACCGACAAACACCAGUAGCCUGUAGCACACCAAAGUCGCAUUUUUCAGCGAGAAAAUAUACGCCCAGAAAAUCAGUAUUGGCAAAUACUGUUAAAAAAUAUCGGGACUUGGCAAGGCGACUAAAAUUAAAAGUGGCAUCUUCAGAGAGAAAAUCUACAGCUCAUUCUUUUGAAAAAACACUAUUUAGUCAAGGGGUUAGCAAAAAAUGUUCAUUCAUUCAGCGGCAGGUAAUAUUGAACACUCAAAAAACAAAAGGCAGGCGUUUUACGCAGUCUGACAAAAUUGAUGCCUAUCGCAUCUACAGUAAAAGUAGAGCAGCAUAUCGUGUUUUAAAAGAAUUUCUUCAGCUACCAGAUGAACGAACUCUUCAGCGUUUUGUGUCAUCGAAGCUCUCAUACACAGGGAUUAGUGCAGAUGUUAUAUUUGCAUUGAAACAAGUUCUGCAAAAUAAGGAGAAACAUGAAAAAAUGUUUGCCUUAAUCUUUGACGAAAUAUCAUUGAAACCUUCUCUAGUGUAUGACCGACAAAAAGAUCAUGUAAUUGGAUUUGAGGACUUUGGUGGUUUACGAAGCGAUUCAUUUGCCAAUCAUGCACUGGUACUAAUGCUGAGAAGUUUGACUAGCAAGAAAAAGGUACCACUUGGUUUUUACUUCUCAAGCCAUGCCAUGAAUGCAGAACGACUUCGAGAUAUAGUAAUGGAGGCAUUGUCAAAAUUGUCUUCUGCUAAUGCUACAGUUAAGGCUCUGGUUUGUGACCAGAGUGGAAGUAAUUGUAGAUUGUUUGGUCUCCUAGGAACAGAAUCUACAAAGCCAUUCUUCUAUUUUAAUGGGCAGAAGGUUUUUUGUUUGUUCGAUCCACCACACCUUUUAAAAAAUUUACGACGUAGCCUUAUGAAAUAUGACCUCCAAACUAAUAAAGGACUUGUGUCAUUCAAGCACAUUCGAGAUUUUUACACAGUGGAUCAAACACUUCUUGUUCGCUGUGCACCAAAAAUUACCGAUGCACACAUAUACGUGGCUGGCAUGAAUUCCAUGAAAGUUGCGCUUGCUGCGCAAGUUUUUAGCCACACAGUAGCAGCAGGAAUGAAUAUGUGUGUCCUAUCUGGACUAAUAGAAGCAAGUGCUGCUCCAACGGUAGAAUUUAUACAAGAGAUAGACAAUUUGUUCGAUUCUAUGAAUGGAAUUCGAAAAAAUCCCUUAAGGGGAAAACAAUUACAUUGUGCUGUAACAGAAGGUUCUGAACAUGUUAAAUUUUGGACAAACAUGCUGUCAUUCAUUGACUCAUGGGUUUUUUCUGAAACCACUUGCACAAAAUCAAGAAGGUCCUAGAAGGCAUGUCGCAGGAUGCGGUAGUAGAAAAGGUUGGACCCAGACAAUAACAGCCAUGUUGCAGCUUUCGGAAGAGAUGCUGAAAGAACGCGAAUUCUUUAUGACAAAGAGAUGCAACCAAGAUUGCCUUGAAAACUUUUUUAGUCGUAUCCGAGGAAGUGGUGGAAACCGUACAAAUCCAUCGGCUUACGAGUUUUCAUCAGUAUUCAAGAUUGCAUCACUAAAUUCAUUCCGAUGUAAAAGUAAAUUCUCCAACUGUGAACCAGAUGGGGAUCAAUUUAUGUUUUUUAUUUUGGCUCCUGUACCUCCAUCUACAAGUAUAGAAAGUAAAGGAGAUGCAGAGGAGGAGGAUGAACAAAAUAGUAGAA